AUGUGUGAUGAUUUCUCUCUGUUUACCUCCAUGAGGUACGACCCGAGACUUGAGCAUAUAAAAAGCAGCGGGCUCGGUGACACAAGCUGGAACUUUGAGAACGGUUCUCCUUUGUAUAUGCUCGACUUCCACCGCGACCGACUUCUCAGAGCAGCGACACAUUGGAAAUGGCAGCCUGCAAUCAGUAGGUUAUCGGGUGAUAAUGGUCUCUCCUCCCUGGCCCAACUUGUUUUAGACAGAGUUGAAACAUCUCAGCAAACACCGUUGAAAAUAAAGUUAGUCGUGUCUCGACAGGGCGAUAUCAAGGUUGAGCAACUCAGGAUACCUGAAAUACCCCUGCAGAAUCUAUUUCCAGCUCGACUUCCGCCCCCUUCCCGUGCUACACUUGACGACGAACCCGGGAAGGCCACGGUUUUUAGCCUUCUGGUCGAUCGUCCUGCGACUACAAGGUCCGAGUAUACCCACUUCAAAACCACAAAAAGAGAGAUAUACGACACUGCCCGACAGCGUGCUGGUAUAACAUACGCGGAUCCUGCAGAAGUCUUGAUCAUUGACCAAGAUGAUGGAUCUAUUAUGGAAGGCACAUUUACCACGCCUUAUUUCUGGAGGAACGGACAAUGGAUCACACCACCGGUUGCAACCCAUUUCAGCUGGAACGAAGGGAGUGGUGGUCAGGAUGGGACUUCCAGGCGUUGGGCAUUAGAAAGGGGGCUUGCUUUUGAGGAAACGAUCAAUGUCAAUACUCUGGUUCACGGCGAGGAGUGUUGGAUUAGCAAUGGUGUCAGGGGCUUCAUUGCAGCAACUGUCCAUCUUCAAUGA